GAGUACAAAAUAAAAUGGCAGACCAACACACCCCUCUCCCCAGAGCAGGAAGAGAUCCAAAUGUUAUCCAGGUAACAAGCCUUGGGACAUGCUCUGAAAGAACAGCGGAGAAGGUCCUAGCAGAUAAGGAGAUGCCCAGCUCCGAUAUGCAGUGCCAGAAAUUCAGGAAAUUCUCCUACGAGGGGGCUAAUGGUCCUCGAGAGGUUUGUACCCAACUCCACCACCUUUGCUGUCAGUGGCUCAAGCCAGAGCAACACACAAAGGCUCAGAUCCUGGACCUGGUCAUCUUGGAGCAGUUCCUGGCCAUCCUCCCCCUGGAGAUGUCGAGCUGGGUGAGAGAAUGUGGAGCCGAGACCACUUCCCAGGCGGUGUCACUGGCAGAAGGUUUCCUGGGUCUGAGUCAGGCAGAAGAGAGAAAGCAGGAAGAGCUAGAGUUGGGAAAUCUCUCUGUAGAAGAUCAGCCUGAUUUCCGCAGAGCAGAGGAACCUCAGCAAGACAGUAAACAGGAUCCUCAGCAACAAGGGAUCAGUCAAGGGAAUGAAGGAGGUGUCCCCUUUAUAG